AUGGAGGAGGUUCAUGGGUUUGUAGAUUGGAAAGGAAAUCCUGCCAACAAAGACAAACAUGGCGGAUUCAGAGCUGCAAGAUUCAUCUACUUUAUGGUUGUGAUGAUGAACAUAACAUACGCAUCAAAUGUACUUAACUUGGUAACGUACCUUCGAGGAACCAUGCACAUGGACGUCGCAACGUCUUCAACCACUGUGACUAACUUCAUCGGUGUAUCUUGCGCGUGUGCAUUAAUCGGAGGAUUCCUCUCUGAUUCGUACAUUACAAGGUUCAAGACUACAGUAAUAUUCGGGCCUUUGGAGUUCCUGGGGUUCGGAUUACUAGCACUGCAAGCAUAUCUCCCGUCACUUCAACCACCGCCAUGUGAUAAUUCUUCGCGAUUUAGCAACUGCAAGCAAGUUCAGGGCAAACCUGCAGCUUUACUCUACACAGCAUUAUACAUUACUGCUUUCGGCGAAGCAUCUCACUUGGUGCCCUUAACUUUAGUUGUUUGGAUUCAAGACAAUAAAGGAUGGGGUGUUGGUUUUGCUGUUAUUUUACUAGGGUUGUUUGUUGUCGCCUUUGGUUUAUCUCUUUUCCGCCAUCAAAUCCCACAGAGAAGUCCUUUGACUCGGAUGCUGCAGGUUUUCAUUUCUGCAUUUCGGAAACGGAAGUUUCAGUUUCCUGAAAAUGAACAAGAUGCAUACCUAGAAGAACAUAACAAGGAAGAGAGAGUUGGCGAAGUGCUAACGCAUACCGAAGGCUUUAAAUGGCUAGAUAAAGCUAUCAUCUCCAACAAGAAAACUGAGAGCUCAUACCACUGCAGCGUCAGCCAAGUGGAGGAGGCAAAAAUUAUCUUUCGCAUGAUACCAAUAUUUAUCAGUGUAACGAUCGGGUACAUCCCCAUACGUCUGCUCCUAACAUUGACAGUUCAACAAGGCAUGACAAUGAACACCAAAGUGGGGUUUAUUCACAUUCCUCCUGCAUCUCUUGUUGUGAUUCCCAGGAUUCUCCAGAUGGUGAUCCUAGUUGCUUACGAUCAGUUUUUUGUUCCAUUCGCACGUAGGAUCACAAGGUGCCCAAGUGGUAUAACUCCCUUGCAACGUGCUGGUGUUGGUUUUAUAGCAUCGGCAUUAGCAUCAUGUAUUGGUGCAUUGAUUGAAAGAAAAAGGAAACAAAUUGCAGGAAAAAAUGGUCUAGUGGAUUCUGGCGAACCUAUACCAAUGUCAGUGAUGUGGCUGCUAAUACAAUUCAUUGUCAUAUGCAUCAAUGAUGUGUUUACGCCUGUUGGAUUGUUGCAAUUUUUCAACACAGAAGUGUCAAGAGGGAUGAAAUCACUGGGUACUGCAAUUUUCUGGUGUGUUCUGGGAUUAUCGUCGUUGAUGGGUUCUGCUCUAAUAACCUUAGUUAACAGAGUUACGAAAAAUGGAGAUAUGGGAUGGCUGGAAGGAAACAACUUGAAUCGGAAUUACCUCGAUCGGUUUUAUUGGUUGCUUUCUAUACUUGGCUUAUUCUCAUUCUUGAACUACUUGUACUGGGCUAGAAGAUAG